AUGAAGAAACAUGCAGUGGAGACACGAGUAAGGAACGACUCCGUUGACAAUGACACUGAUGAUGAAUGGUGUGAAGUAUCUGAACGACCAUUAGGUGUUAUGGAUACAUUAUUACAAGAACCUGACAUUACUCAAGAUGGUGAUAAAAUAAUCAGUUUCGCACCAGGAGAAGGAAAUAGACCACUUGGUAUAUUUAUAGAUAUAGAUGCUGAAUUUUUGUCUUUCCCUACCAUUUACUGUGGCAAACGUCAAGCUGAUAACAGUGAAAGACUUGUGCCUGUUCACUAUAGUACAAUUUGUAAAUGGGAAUUACGAAGUCGAGAUCGAAGAGUUGCUCAAUCUGUGCCAAACAUUUUUUAUAAAUUAAAAAAAUUACAGAUCAGACAAAUCCAAGGAAGUGCAAGUUUAUUAUUGCGUAAAUGUAAAACCAAAGGUAAAACUUAUACAGCAGGAGAUUUGAAGUGUGAAAGUUUUGUUAAUAAGCUAAUCAAUUUGGAUGAAGGAUUCAGAGUUUUAAGAAAUUUACGCGGUUCCCCUCCAUACUUUGAAAGAUGUAAGCAGGAUCUAUUUGCAAUGAUUCGUCAGCUUGGUAAACCUACAUGGUUCUGUUCAUUUUCAGCUGCUGAAACGCGUUGGAUUUAUUUGAUCAAAAUUCUUGGUCGUCUUAUUGACAACAAACACUAUACUGACGAUGAGGUUAAGCAAAUGACUUGGCAAAAGAAGUCUGAAUUGAUACAGAAAGAUCCAGUAACAUGUGCUCGAAAUUUUGAACAUAUGGUGCAACAAUUUAUUCACAAUUUUAUUAAAAGUUCAUGCCAUCCAAGUUGUUGACUUUUUCUAUCGUGUUGAAUUCCAGCAAAGAGGUUCUCCACAUAUCCAUGGAUUAUUCUGGAUCAAAAAUGCACCCGAGUAUGGUAAAGAUUCCAAGGAAGAUAUUACCAAUUUUGUAGAUAGCUAUGUUUCAUGUAAAGCUGACUCAGAUGAUUUAACUGAACUCAUAAAUUUACAAAGGCACAAACACUCUAAAACAUGCAAGAAAAGAGGAAAUGCUGUUUGCAGAUUUAACUUUCCUUUACCGCCAAUGCCGAGAACUAUGAUUUUAGAGCCUUUGUCUGAGACUGAUCUAGAUGAAAAUGUUGCAGAUAUAUUAAAGAAAGCUUUAGGACAGAUACGUUCAUUAUUAGACUCUAUUAAAGCAGAUGAAACCAUGACCUUUGAUGAAUUUCUCAAAAAGUUAGAUUUAUCAGAACAGCAAUAUCUAAAGACUAUACGGCUUUCUCUUAAACAUAACACUUUGUUAUUGAAACGAUCGCCAACUGAGAUUAGAAUCAACUGUUAUAAUCCAAACUUACUCAGAGCUUGGAAAGCUAAUAUGGAUAUUCAGUACUUAUUAGAUCCUUAUGCUUGUGCUGUUUAUAUCCUUUCAUAUAUUACUAAAUGUCAAAGAGGAAUGAGCAAGUUACUUCGUAAAGCAUGUGAAGAAGCAAAAGAAGGCAAUAAGAAUAUUGUUAACAAGGUGAGACAUAUUGGUAACAAAUUUCUCAAUGGUGUUGAAAUAAGUGCACAAGAGGCUGUCUACUUAGUAAUGCAAAUGCCUUUGAGACGAUCGUCUCGAGAAUUCCAAUUUAUCAAUACAUUUGACCCACAUGAAAGAACAUUCUUGUUAAAAAGUAUGGAUAAAAUUAAAGAACUUCCUGAUCAUUCUGUUGAUAUUGAAUCAGAUAACAUUAUUAAAAGAUAUCAGAGAAGACCAAAGAAAUUGGAAAAUUUAUGUCUGGCUGAUUUU